AAAGUCUCAUGUGCGUCCCCUCCCCCUCCAUGAUUUCUAAGCGGAGGUAAACAAACUGUGAAAGAGGCAGGGACGUACAGUAUCUGCUGCAGAAGGCGGAGAAAGCGAUAGAUCUUUGGGGGAGAGGGCUUGCACGAUGGAUGCAGGGGCAGCAUCGAGAUAGAGGAGGCGAAAAGUGUGGGGCCACGAAGGAAAGGGGCAAUAGGGGGCAGAAUGCAGGAGUAGAUUAAGAAGAGGUUAGAGGACAGAUUAAAUGUUUGGGGCACUGAGAAAAGGGUAUGAAGCUGGAUCGGGCUCAGUGCUAGAGAUUUAAAGGAGAAGAAGACGAAUAGCCAAGACCAAAGGGGGAGACAGUCUAGGGACUAGGAGUUGUGGGAAGGGUCUCUGUUAUUGCCUAGAGGUAAAGAAAUGAGAUCUUUCUGAAGUAGGAUGUGGCCAUGAGUCAGGGUAACUGCUGCAGUAGUUGUUCAGUUCUUUUUUACGCCUCACUGAUUAACUUCGUAAAAGCAGGACAAGAGGCACCCUUUCUCCAAGUUACUCGUUUCCUACCUUAUUCUUUUUCUCUCUUGGAAAGAUCAGAGAACUAAGGUCUAUUUCACCCAUAGUGCCAGGGGCAAAGCAGCAAAGUCCUCCUUCACAAUUGUUCGGGGAAAGGUUUCAUCCAUCUCAAGGGCUAUGGAGCGGGUAGAGAUGAUCAACAUCCAGCGCCUUUUGGAGGCAGCCGAAUAUCUGGAUCGCAGAGACCGAGAGUGUGAACAUGGGUAUGCCUCAGCCUUCCCUUCCAUGACAAGUCUUGGGCUGCAGGACCCAAAGCCACUGCAGAGACUGAGCCGGUCAAGAAAGCAUAGCAGCGGAGGCAACAGCACAGGCACCACAAACAGGUCUACGCACAACGAACUAGAAAAGAAUAGACGAGCCCACCUCCGCCUGUGUUUAGAGCGCUUAAAAGUUCUGAUACCAUUAGGACCUGACUGCACCAGACACACAACCCUUGGGCUGCUUAACAAAGCCAAAGCACACAUUAAGAAACUUGAAGAAGCCGACAGGAGAAGCCAGCAUCAGCUUGAGAACCUGGAAAGAGAGCAAAGGUUCCUAAAGCGACGAUUGGAGCAGUUGCAAAGCCCUCAGGACAUUGAGCGAAUACGAAUGGACAGCACUGGAUCAACCAUGUCCUCAGAUCGCUCUGAUUCAGAGCGAGAAGAAAUUGAAGUGGAUGUGGAAAGCACAGAGUUCUCCCAUGGAGACGUGGAUGAUAUCAGCACAACCAGUACAAGUGACAUUGAUGAUCACAGCAGCUUGCAGAGCAUUGGGAGCGAUGAGGGUUACUCCAGCGCUAGUGUCAAGCUCUCCUUCACUUCCUAGAGCCUGGUGCUAGAGCAGAGCAACUGGUUUCUUUGGGGCAACUGAGUUUCAUAUGGCAGAGCUCUUAAGAUACAGUAUUUUUCUUACCCAACCCACCCUUCAACAGCUAAGCUUGGACAGACACAACUUUAGAAUAGCUCCAUGGGUCCAUGGAAGAGUGAGGACCUAGCAGAGGAACCAAUUAGUCUUUAACUGACCAUAACCCAAAAUUUUUGACUUAGUGUUAAACUUCAGUUAAUUUCAAAUCCAGGACACCAUUCCAGUUACACAUAGCUGGACUGAGAUUUUCCCAUCAGUAAUGGAUACCUAUAUUGAAAGAUGGCUUGGAUGGGAAACUUGGCUGUUCAGGUGCUUGCUUUUUAAUUUGUCACCAUUGGGUUUUUUUCCCUCCUCAUGUUCAAACUUAAACAAACUUGUUACAAGACCCUUGUGGUGCUAAUAAUAAAUAAUAUAAGGUAUGUCCAAUAUCUAUGAUAAUCUAGCAUAUCUGGAAUAGCUGUAUGUUUUUCCCAAAUAAUGGGAUAAAGUAGUUCAUUGGAUGAACCACUUCCAAUGCAUUUGCACAAUACUUUGAAGUUUGGUUUUUUUUAAAGCUCCAUUUUAAAUUUCUUUAAAUUCCCUCAAUUUUUUUAAAUUUUGUUUUUCUUCAAUAUAACUAAGCAGUUAAACAAUUUUCCUGUAGCCUCACCAGCAAAAGUUAGUCCAGUCAGCAUCUUUUAUUAACUGGGUAUCUCUAGCCAUCUUUGAUCAUUAUCAUCUGAGAAAUGUAAUAAUAGCAAAAUGUUCUGCUUAUAGCUCAAUGUUUCAGCUGGACUUGGUUUCAAGGCAAGAAACUGGGCUGUACGAUUUUACCACUAGAUUAUUGAGUUGUAGCAGGCCACCACAGGUGCAACCAUGCUCUGGAUUCAGUGGCUGAGCUAGAAUGAUUCUCCUGAUAGAGGGUGAGAGACAGACCAACCUGUAAAACAAGCGAUGAUGUGCAGAAAAGACACAAGUCUCCAUUCUGAGCCACAGUUACCUAUUUUUUUUUCUUUUGCAAAUUAUUUUGAUGAACAUUUUUAAAAGUUGUUUGGGUGAGAUAACCUAUACGUGACAAUGUAUUUUUAGAUCUCCUAGGCAUGAUCCUGCAAAUCUCUUUUAUAAUUAACACCAGUUGAAAGGGACUUGUUUCCUGCUGCCAUGCACAAGAGGAACAGGGACUCCUUGGGUUUGAUGGCUCUACCUUUUGGAUUCCCUUUGCAGACUUUGGCACCUGGAUUCCUAAUAUAAUCUUGGAUCCAUAGCUAAGAAGCAUCUCAACUUAACAAUCUGCUAGGUUGAUUUCAGUAUCUCCUGAGCAGAAACUGUUGUUGUUUUGCAGUUAAAGAAUAAGAUUGUAUCCAAUGUUUUUAUCAUUGUUUUUAUUUUGAACUUUCUAACCUGCACUUUGAGGUCUUUGCUUUUCUUUAAGCUUUUUAACCACAGAGAUACUUAUUACUGUUCCUUUACCAAGUUUAAACUUUAUUCUUUAUUUUGAGACUUCAUUUAUGACACUUAUUUGAGGAUUUUGUUUGGGAGGGGUAGUAAUUUGCCUGUCCCCCAAUUACUAAGGGAAAAAACUGAAAAGUAAAAAAAAAAUGCUUUAUAAACUCAUAACUUAUUGCUGAUUAUAAUUACUGGUUGUUAAUUUCAGUCCUGUAGAUCUUUAAUUUUAUUGUUUAGAUAGGACUGGGUGACAAAAAAAAUAAAACAAAAUAACCUCAUUUAGCAGUACAGUGAAAUUGUGUUUAAAUGUUAGCAUAUGUUUCUGCUUAAUAGUAGCACUUUAAUACCAUUAAACAUUUCUGUAUCUGAAAUACGUUUGUUCUGCCAUGUUGGUCACUCAUGAGACUUUAGAAUACUCAUGUUGUUUGUGCCUGAAAAAAAAACCCCUCCAUUGGCCAUGUGAUUAGAUACCCCAAAUGACUUCUCCUGUAGAUCUUGUCUCAGUACUGUUAUGUUGUGUGAUUUAACUCCAAUGUGUUAGGCAUUUACCCCAGAGCUAUUAUUAUAUUGUAUAACGUACCACUUUAGGACCUGUGUCAUGUAUUAGAGACAUCAUGCUGCCAGGUUUUAUAGUGUGUUCAUAGCUGGGGUUUUAAUUCUUCUGUUCAUUAAAAUCUGGUUGCAGUUACACAUCUCUCUCCUAUGGAACUAAAACUAAGUAACACCAGUUUAUAUGGUAACCUCUCCCUCUUGUGGCUGAAAUAGGAAUUGUUAGUUUUAGUUAAUGAGAGUAAAGAUUUCAGUAAGAACUUUUUAAAAUUCUGAAGCCUGUUAAUUUGACUAGUGUCUUAGUGCAAUUUGGUGGGAUUGCAAGAAUGAUCACUGGAAACUCAAAUGAGAUGUCACUCCCAAUCUACGAUUUCUUAUCCCAGCAAAAAACUUGUUUCUGUGAAUUCAGCUGCAGAAACUUACUUAAAAGAGUGUGUUUUCUCUAAGCAGAGCAGCCUGACUUCAAAUUUUAAUGAUGUCUUCACCAGCCCACUGGGUCUUAGUGUGUUAGAACUAGAAAGGCAGGGCUGGAUAAUCAGUUCUAACACACUAUCAAUACAGGGGACAGGCAGGAACCUGAUGAGAAGCCUGAUAUAGUGGCUUGCAUGAGAAAAUCAUUUCAGGAAAAGACUGAAGAAACAGCCUUGACUUAAAGUCUGGAAAGUUUGCCUCAAAAGAAUGCUCAGCUUUGAUUAAUACUAUCUUAAAUUAAGAUUGUGUAAAAAUGAUUCUGCACCAAUUCAUUCCCAAUAAAUUAUGUUUAGUCCUAAUGCAAAAACAUUUAAUCAUUCACCUUAUGUUAUUGGACCACCAUUUGUCUGAAAUGGUAUAGGGGUUCCUGCCUGGGUAGGGGGUUGGAGUAGAAGACCUCCAAAGUCCCUUCCAACUCUGUUGUUCUGUUCUAUUCUGUUCAUAACCUUCUUUGGUGUAUUUGACUUGGUAAAUAAGAAACUAUAAUCAGGAUAGACAUCUCUGGUGAUAAUAUUUUUUCCAUUUUACAAAGUGGAAAAAAAGUGUUAGGUCAUUUAUUGAGUAGGGUGUACUGCAGCCAGCCUGUCAUAAUCUAUUGCGAGGACAUACUAUAUAUUUUUCAUAAAUGUGAAACCAUAUCCUUCAUUAGCCUUUUACGUUUUGGGAUGUUAUACUUGUUCCUUAUCUUCAAUUCACAACCUUGUAUAUUUUUUUUUCCACCAUACAAAAAUUGGAUUCUGGUUUGGAAUAUAAUCCUAUGCAAGUUUACUUAGAGAUAAAUCCCGCUAUGUUCCAUGGGACUUACUCCCAUUUGUAUCUGCAUCAAAUUAAGCCUUAGAUUCAGACAUGAGGUUGUAUACACUUUUGCAUUUAAAAUGCAGGGUAAUUUUUUUAUAUAAUGGGAGUGGUUGUAUCAGCAUCCAAGCAGGGCAGUCUGAGGCAAACCCUAUUUUUCUGCUUUGGAAAAUCUCUUCUGAAGGUGGCAUUAGCUUUGGAGAGAAAAAAAUGCCACCAGUUCAAAAUCAUCUAUGCAUCUUGAUGUUAGCCACCUCAAAAGGCUGAAUAAGAAAUGCUAUUCUCUAACAUGCUAUGCUUUUAUAAUAAGCAGUUCAGACAGCCAUUCUAGUAUGAUCUGAAAAAGUCACAUUCACUGAUACAUCAUUCCAAAUCUGUGCCCUUAUCUUCUACUUGGCAAUACUGUGUGUAUGAGAAGAAUGAUUCUGUAUUUUAAUGAAAAAUAAAGAUGCAAGAGGGCAUUUAUACUUGUUACAUUCAAAAAGAAAACCAGGAUUCCUAUAAAGUUAUUAAAUUUUCACUUAUGGCAAGUAAAAUUGUUGUCCAUAUGGCUUACACUGCUUCAGACUGAGAUGUUUUGUAUUUCUUAGUUCUACUAAGAGAAAAUUUCCAAGACUGAAACAGAAUUUAUAUACAUUUUAUUUAAAUAUGUAUUUUGGAUGUUUUUUAUGGAUUAUUUGGAGAGGUGUCCUCUGUAUCCAAAUUUACAUCAUUUGUGUCAAUUUAAGUGAAUGGUAUAAUUUGCAGUAAAAACUUCAGUUUAUUAGAUAAAUUAUAAGAGUCCAAAUGAAAAAUUUUGUCUGUUACUUCAAAAAUGAGUCAAAGGAAGGGUUUACUAUGUAAUGCAGGCUAUUGGGUACUUUUUCUUUCAUGAUAUCUUGGAUCAAACUAGUGGCUAAAUUUUAACUUUUUAAAAAGUUUUUAAUGCUAAAUUCUAGGAUAUUGUAACUUGUUUUACCAACAAGUUUAAUUAUUUAAAAAUUCUGAUUUUUAGAAUCCUGAAACCUGUCUUGGCUUUUAUUUUAUUUUUUUUCUCUUUAGUCAUCUUGUACAGAAGAAUUGGGGAAUUCAGUUAUAUCCAUUUACCAAUUCAGUUGGGCAUAUACCAAAAAGGUGGAAAUAGGGCUAUAUACUUAUGUGAAAUAAAAGAAGCAAAGACAAGUAAGGAAGUAAAAGCUUCAGAAAGCAGAAACAUUUGGUAUAUCUUAAUCGGGUCAAUACUUUUUAGGAGUUUAUUAAACAGACUUACUGGAAGCAAUAGUUAAAUCACUUUUCAUUCUGACAUAUCCAUUCUAUUUAUCUCACUCUGUACAGGUAGUUUUUAACCUUAUGACUAUUUAUUUAAAGACUAAGCAAAGUCACACUGGCAUUGAAAAAAGUGACUUACACCUGGCCCUCACACUUACCACUGCAGUGUUCAUGCAGUCAUGUGAGCAAAAUUUGGACACUUGGCAACCAGCACUUAUAUAGGACAACUAUAGUAUUCUGGAGCCAUGCGAUUGUCCUUUGCAACCUUCCCAGGGGGUUCCAGCAAGCAAAGUCAAGAUGGAAGACAUAUUUGCUUAAUUACCACAGCAAAAAGAUUAUAAAAUCAUAUGCAACUCACUAAUGACUACAUUGCUUAGUGAUUAAAGUUCUGUUCCCAAUUGUGCUUGUAAAUUGAGGAGUACCUGUCCUACAUCAGUUGGUAAAUAUAAUAUCCACCGGUAUCCAAAUUACAAAAAAUAAUUUGGAAGAGUUUAUUUCCUUGUGUAUACUGGCUGACAUUUCCUUACAAAAAAAGGAAUAUUAAAAAAAAAGAUUUGUCAGCAUUACUAGAAUUUUAUUUUAUUUUUUGCAGCUGUUUUACUAAUUAGAAUCUUGAUUGUAUUAUUUAGCUGGUCAAAUCAGAAAACAUAUAAAGAA